UUAUUCUUUGGGCUUGAAUUAUAUUCCAGCGAGGGGGAUGAGUGAGACGCUCGGUGCAUAUGGCUUAACGGAGUGGUGCUUCCAUUAAAGAACGCUUCCCCGGACCAUCUGCUGCUCGCUGUCCUCUGCACUCUGCUCACCCUCCCAAAUUACCAUCCUUCACUGUCAGCUGCUCACCUCCUAAGGGAUGUGAUUACUUGAGCAAAAAGGGAAAAGGCAUGGAUGUGACAAUGGCAUGUGCUGCAGGUCUUGAAAGACCGGGUCAUGUGAGCUCAGAGUGCCUGGCCUAAUCCCAAAACCGGUUUAGGAGUUACCUGCAGAGCCUGAGCUACACAGAGAUCCUGAAGUUCCACUCUAAAAGAGGAUGAACCAGGAAGACUUCCAGUCUCGUCCCAUCCUGGAGCUGCGGGAGAAGAUCCAGCCUGAGAUUGUGGAGCUGAUCAAACAGCAGAGGCUGAACCGCCUGUAUGAAGGAACGUGCUUCCGCAAGAUCAGCACCAGGAGGAGGCAAGAUAAGUUCUGGUACUGUCGUCUGUCACCAAAUCACAAGGUCCUGCAUUACGGGGAUCUGGAAGAGAACCCCCGGGGGGAGGUGCCCCAUGAUUCCCUGCAGGAGAAGUUAGCAGUGGCUGAUAUCAAAGCGGUUGUGACUGGAAAGGACUGCCCUCACAUGAAGGAGAAAGGGGCCCUCAAGCAGAAUAAGGAGUUGUUGGAACUGGCCUUCUCUCUUCUGUAUGAGUCAGACGAAUAUUUGAACUUCAUUGCUCCUGACAAGCAUGAGUACUGUGUGUGGAUGGAUGGGCUCAAUGCCCUUCUUGGGAAGGAGAUGACCAGUGACCUCACCAAGUCAGACCUGGACACUUUGCUCAGCAUGGAAAUGAAGCUCCGCCUCUUGGACCUGGAGAACAUCCAGAUCCCAGAGGCUCCGCCCCCAAUUCCAAAAGAACCAAGCAGCUAUGACUUUGUUUAUGACUGCAACUGACCUCCAACCAGAGAUUUUUUUUUUUUCCCCGACUGGAUUAAAUAUUUAAAACAAACCAACAAAUCAACAAAACUGGAUCAAUAAUAUUUGUCUUUAUUAUACUUUCUAAACAUGACUUUUUUAAAGGUGUGAUUUGAUGUAUCAGCACUUAAACAUUUUGCCUGUGAGGCCUUGAUCACAUUGUGUCAUAUUAUAAUGUUGUGUCCUGUAUCUCUAACUGAGGUUUAGCAAGGUCAGCUCCGAUGAAGCAAAUGUUUCUACUCUAAUAAGUGAGGUGUGCAUUUGUAUUCAUGUGUUUUUAAGUCUGUGUGCCCUAGUCUAUGUGUGUGUGUAUGAGUGGGUGUGUGUGAGAGAAAGAGAGACCGAGAGAAAGCGAGAGAGUGUGUGUGUGUGUGUGUGUUUUUUCAUCAAUUUUUCAAAUCCCUCAAAUGCCUGUGUUACCUGCUGUCUGAACUACACUCAAAUUAUCUGCAUAGGAAUUUACUUGUUGAAUUAGUUUAAAAACAUACUUGGGUCUUUUUGUGAUAGAACACAAUCCUGCGGUAUACGCAGGUUUCAUCAUUCAUACAGACAUAAAAACUGCAUCUUGGAGUGGAAUAAUAAAUGUGGUUCACAACUUCUGUUUUUACUGA